UCCUUCAAAUUUCGCGGAUUUUUUUGCCAUGUCGUGUCCACCGGAUCAUCAUGAUGUCCAGUGAGCCUGCAACUGCCACACUCAAACAGACUGUGUAGAUCUACCAGCUGUACUGACAGCUGAGAGGAGAGAUUGAGAGAGCUAUACGACUAUAGUCUGAGAAGAAGUCACAGUGGUUUGUGCCAAUAAAUUGUGGCAAAACAUCACUUGCGGCUAGCUACAGGAGUACCGCAACGUGUAAGACGAUUAGAUAACUCAGGUGCAGACGUCGUGCCAUACCCAACAGUAUUCCAAUAUCUGGGUAAGAUCGAGAGGGAGUAAAAAGCCUUGCAGAUCUGCUGCCAAAGUAUUUUUAGAGUUACGUACCUGUUCCUUGCAACCUUGAUACAAACUGUCCGAGAUGGCAAUGAGUUGCAAGUUUCGAACCGUAGAUAUGCACACGUGCGGUGAACCUCUUCGUAUUGUCGUUGAGGGAAUGCCACCAAUUGAAGGAAGAACAAUACUGGAAAAGCGCGACUUCGCAAAAGCUAAUUUGGAUCAUAUCCGGCGUUUCCUGAUGUUUGAACCACGUGGUCAUACUGACAUGUAUGGAUGUUAUUUAGUCGAACCAUCACCACCUGUACCUUGUGUGACUGAGGGAGAUGAGGUCGUGAGUGACGACGUGAAAGCUGAGGAGAAAGCUCACCUGGCAGUUCUGUUCCUUCACAACGAGGGUUACAGUACAAUGUGUGGCCAUGCUGUACUGGCCCUGGCACGCUUUGCAGUCGAUCACAAGUACGUGGACCCGGCAACGGCAGUCACGCGAUGUCGUCAUGACGACGCUCGGCCAACCGCACAGCCGAGUGCCACUCAGCCUGCGGGUGACACUGCCAUGGUUACCGCAUCAGCUGAGUCUGCUGCUGUUGAGUGCGGCGUGGACGCCGGCGGAGUGCGAGAAGUACCUGUGAACAUCGAGUGCCCGUGUGGAUUGGUGAGAGCGCACGUAGAGUACGACAUGGCCAGGCGACGCACUGGACGAGCCCGAUUCCGCAGCGUGCCGGCGUUUGUGUUGCAUACAGACGUGUAUGUCAACGUGCCCGGCUACGGCUCUGGUAGAGAUGCCAGCAGCCAUGCUGCAGCAAACAGUCCUGGUAGGGUUUUACUAGACGUAUCGUAUGGUGGCGCUUUCUAUGCUCUGGUGGACGCGGCACAAGUGGAGCUGGAUAUCAGGACUGCAUCGUUGGAGUUGCUGAAGAAAGCGGCCGCUGCAAUCAAAGCUGCCGUGCAGGCAUCCCUACCCAUCACGCACCCGUAUUCACCUGAGCUGUCGUUCCUCUACGGCGUCAUCUUCACUGAUGGCAAGGAUAAGUGGCAGCAGGAGAACGACAGCGGUGCUCCCGAGCCAACGGCAAAUGUUACGAUAUUUGCAGAGGGAGAAGUGGACCGCUCUCCCACCGGCUCUGGUGUAACUGCGCGCCUGGCUGCCCAGUACCACAAGGGACAAAUAGCCUUGCAGCAACAGCGCGAGUUUAUCCAGCCGCAGGUCAAGGGCAGCUCGUUCACUGGCACGGUGGUAGCGGAGACUCUGUACGGCAAGAAACAACAAGCUGCAGUGAUUGUGGAAGUGUGCGGCAAGGCCAGCUACACUGGCGAGUGCGUGUUUCAUUUGGAGGAGGACGACAACAUCGGAGAAGGGUUUCUAAUCUCUUGAGUGACACCAUGACAUUGAUGGUGCAGUAUAGUUUUAUCUCAUCCAAAGUAUCGUUGAAGAGUCAAAGCCAUAGUCAUCGCGUCCGUCCUUCCCAUUCUUCUUACACAGCGACAUGGUAUUGCACAUCUGAACUUCAAUUUAUUGAUUGAGCACACUGCUUGUAGCCCUGGUUCUCUGUUUUGCAACUGGAAUAUGAAUACACAAUACUCAAUAGUGAACAAACGUUAGGUUUGUUUCAUUGCUAGAAGUAUUGAAGUGCUGAAACGAACUACGACUUGUAUAGUGCUUCUCAAUGAAAUCCGGUCUCGUGAAUCAAGGGUGUGCGCCCUGUGCCAGUUUGCAUCCCAGUGUUCGCUGAUCUAGGGCUGCACGGCGCCCAGCGUGGUGUUCUUUCGCUUGAUCGGAUUUCAUUGAGCCGCACUGUGCGAGCUGGGGAGAAGUGCAAUACCGGUAUUAUAAUUUAUAUUACUCCCUGCGUAUAUCUGGAACAAUCUGAACACAUUGCAGCACCCCUGCAUGCAUACCAGUCUAGCAUGGAACAACUGUAGCAUUGCUGUAGGGUGUAACUGCAGCUACAGGCAGUUUUGGUCCUUCCCUUGAUGAUACUACAACAAACUGUAACCCUCACAUCACACGACAGGAAAGGCAAACUACUGCCUGGCCUGGAAAAACAGUGGUUGUAAAUCCUUCACCCUUGCAAGCUCUGGGCUGGUGCAAUCCCAGCCCAAGUUGCUUUUCAAGCUUUCAUAUACGUGUUGUACUGGCACUGUACUGUACUAAUCACACUUGCAUGCUUGCUCUGAUACAGCCCGGCGUAUGUGCCAUGUGCACUCGAGUACUCCGGUGCUACACCCUACUUUACUUGAACAUCUCUUAUCCGGCCACCUUGGCCUUGGAAGCAA